GUGCUGUUCAUUUAGCCGGCCCGAUAGCAAAAAUAUCGAAGGGACUAUGUCGGCUAUCGUUAUCACAUUGUGGCCUAACAGCAAAGGGCGUCAAUCAAAUGGCUCAUUCGUUGACAUUGAAUCAAAGCAUUUCCAGUUCAUUAACGUAUUUGGAUUUAAGUGGAAACAAUUUGAAGGACGACAUAAAUAAUCUAUAUAAUUUUCUUGCUCAACCAAAUGUCUUAGAGUAUUUGGAUCUAUCGUCAACCGACACGUUUUUGGAAAAUUUAUUUGGAGCGCUUUUACGUGGAUGCUCAACACAUUUGACACAUUUGAAUGUUUCGCACAAUUUCUUCAAUACAAAAAAAGGCAAAGAGAUACCACCGUCGUUCAAGCAAUUUUUUACCAGUUCGCUAAGUCUGAAACAUUUGAAUAUUGCAUCGUGCAAACUACCAUUGGAGGCAUUAAAGCAUCUGCUUCUUGGCUUAGCUUGUAAUGAAUCAACAGCUGGUUUACAUUUAGAUCUAAGCAGUAAUUCACUGGGAGCACAAGGUGCACAUGUAUUGGAGUCAUGUAUACAUGGUGUUCGUGUUCUGCAGAGCCUCGACAUUGGCGAUAAUAAUCUUGAUUCAGAAUUGGCAUCUGUGUUGACAGCUAUUGGUAAAAAUCCAUCGAUAAAAUCGUUAAAUAUGACACGCAGUUUCAACGGAAUGAAAUUGAAGCAUAUUGCAACUGUUAUGGAUGCUCUGGUUGGUUUGAUUCAAAAAGACGAUUUCCCUCUCACCGAAUUAAUGCUAGCAGAAAACAAGCUUAAAAACGACAUACAUGAUUUUAUAAAUGCUCUCGGAAGCAAUCAAAGUCUGCAAAAAUUAGAUAUUAGUGGAAAUUUCAUGGGAGACAUCGGAGCAAGACUGUUAGCCAAAGCAUUACAAAUAAAUAACAAAUUGCGUUCGAUUUCACUUGAUAGAAACAACAUUACACUACAGGGUUACAAUGACAUCGUAUAUGCACUAGAAAAUAAUUUUAGUAUGCGUAAUAUUCUGUUUCCGGUAUUUGAUAUUGCGCCAUGCCUGAAGCAACAUCCAGAGCGUACAGAUUUUGUGAUGCGAAAAAUGCAAGAAUAUUUACAACGUAAUAGUAAUGGUUUCAAACAUGCCAACGGUCAAGGAUUUCGUCUACAACACGGUUUUUUACUAUCAUCAACGCAUCAAUUGGUCGACAAAUUAGUGUCCGAAACACAAGAGACAAUUUCAUUUCGACAAUCUGGACAAUCUGGACAAAAUCUUGAUUCGGCCGUUCAACGAUUAAUUGAUGAUGCAGAGAAUAGUAAACAAUUACUGCCAAAAUUACAAGAGGCAGUACGUUGUGAACAACAUCCCAUUGAAGUGAAGUUGAAUCGAAUGGCAAAUGAUUUAAAUCAAAACAUACGUAGUUAUUUGGUCGAAACAAUGGAAACUAUGCUACGAACAGGAGUUGAACAAUGUCCAAAAACAUUAGGCAAUCAAUCGGUUAUAAAUGAUUUGCGAAAAAAUUGCCAAGAGCGUCUUAACAUCACCGACGAAUUCCUUCAUACAUGCAUCAUGAGCAAUGCUGGUGGCGAAAUAAUGAAUAAGAUAAGUGAAGUGGAACAAAGUUUAGCAACAUCCAUAGCUGAUCGUGCAACAGAUGAAGUGGUUGAAGCAUUGACACGAUGCCGUCGCGGCUUGGAUAUAUCCGAUUCUCAAAUGGUAACAUUUGAUAAUGCUGAAACACCAGACAUUGUACGCAGUAGAUCUAGUCAAGAUUCAAUGGGUUUUGUACAAAUUCGAGAUUUGGAUUUGCCACAUCGAAAUCUUGGCUCACCAACGAAAUUGGAAUACCUGAAUCUCGCAACACCGCAUUUCCAGCCAAAACGACGUUCGUUUGCUCAUAAAGUACGUCCACAAUCAGUUGUUGAAAAUUUGAGUGCCGGUCAUAUUCCUGAUUUAUUAGAAACGCCAAAUUCUCGAAAUAAUUCUACCGGUUUACAAAAUAAAGACAAUGGUGAAAAUUGUGAUUCAAUAACUGAAUUGCCAAGUGCAUCGUUGCAGUUACAGCAUUUGGUCAAGGGACGACCGAAACGGGCGAAAACACGCGCACCCAGUCGACCAUUAGUCACCGAAAUGUCAUCUCAUGCAAUUGGUGAAGGUAUUGAAGCAUUCUUUCGACCCGGUUCUGUUACACCUACCACACUUACACCCCUUGUGUCACCCACAUCGGAUGAAUGCAGUUCAUUGAGUUUUGUUGAUAGUCCGACUAUGUAUUCUGAAGAAACAACACCCAUUUUAGAGGAACGUAAACCAAUCAAAUUGGAACGGAAUUCACCACUGUUAAAAGGUGUAUCAUCAUGGACACCACGUCGGGGAGAGAACCCAAGAGAGAACCACUUGGAAGCACCACGAUCACGAUCAACAGACAAUUUGGAGAAAUACUCGCCACUCGUUGGUCGAAAAUCACCAUUAAUUAAAAAGCAAAUGACUGACACCACUACGAACACCUACAAUGAUAAUAAUGCAUCAGUUCGUAACAAUGUAAUUGAAUCGAAUCAAUGUCAACGAUUACAUCCACCACAUCAAUCUGAACGUUCGCCAAGCAAUGAGUCGAUUAAAAGCUUUGAUAUGGAUAACAAUGUGGUGAAAAUUGGAAAUGGCAUCGUUAAAACACCACUUUUUCCACCGAAACCAAGGCCAUGGUCUGUGGCUGGAAAUGAGGGAAAAUGUGAUUUUACCGUUGAAUCAUCGAAAACGAGCCCGGAAGGACUUGAUUCUGGUGAUGUAGUACUGAUCGAAGGUAGUCAAUCUGGUGGUUCAAUUGUUGGAAUAACACCGGCAGCUUUGAGUAGCAGUAUUGUUGGUAUUUCACCAGGUGCUGCUUUAGAAAAGAAGUCCGUACGAGAUAUGGCAGCUGGACUGAAUCGAUUGGGUGUAGAUGUAAUUAAGCCAAAGCCGUUACCACGAAAUGUAAUCAAUGGCAAUUUUACACAUGCAAAUUGUAGCAAUAAUAGUACUUUCUUAAAUAGUACAGUUAAUGAGACAGUUGACACUACAUCUUCAACGGAAACCACUACAUUAACCACACAUACUACAUCAGCAAUUAAAAAUUCAAACUAUACGAAUUCUAUACCAGCUAUCACAUCUGCCAUUAGCAAAACGGAAUCGUUAAUUCAACGAUUUUCUUUCAACAGCAGCAGUAAUAAUAGCAAAUCACCGCCGGAGGUUUUGAAACGCAUUAGCAGUAAACAAAUAUCCAAAAUAUUUGAGAAUAACAUAAAUGGCACUAAGCGUGAUGGGAAACCAGUGCCAUUAGCUGAAGUUAACGUAAACGAUUAAAAUUGAAACAGCCCCAAGUGCAAACAACGAUUUUGCCAUAGAAAUAACAUAAAAGCAAGCCAACCAACUUAUAGUUCUAAUUGAAUGAUAAAAAUAAUAGAUUGCUAAUAGGAUCCCGAAACGAGGCGAAUGUAUCAUUUUAUUUGUCGUUUUAAAUUUUUUGUAUAGUAUUCAUGAGUAGUGAAAUUAUUUUUCAAAACAUUAGACAACAUUUAAAUUUAUAAAGAGGGAGGAAAUGAGAAAGUUUUUCUAUAUUCGGCCAAAUUGUUCAAAUAAAUUUUUUUACCCCUUUUAAAAUUAUGACAUUUUUCAAUGAUUUGUGUAUGAAUUAAAAAAAAAACUGUACAAAUUUUAAUUUGCGUUUAAGUUCUAUUAUUUGAACGAAAAAAAAUACUUGCAAAUUUGAUUUAUUUAGAAUGUGAACAGGUUCAGUUUAAUUCGAUGGAAAUCCAGGAUUUAUGCCAUGUGUUUCCAGAUGAUUUUUUUACAAUACAACCAAAACGCAACAACCUAUACUACAAAACUUAUAGAAAAAUAGUAUUUGCUUAUUAAAUUUUGCCAAUUGUUCAAAGACAAGCUACUUAUUUUAAA